AUGAACAAAGCAUUUCAAAGAAGUAAUGAUUAAUAGCAAUAAUAGAGCAUUCUGACAAUAGUAUUCUCAAAGGCAAAACAUAGCAUCACACUCAAUAGCGAAGUCCCUUAAGUACAAAAGAAAAUGAUACCAAAUUCAAAUACCCUGAAGUUCUUCGUCGAAAAGAAUCUAAACCAUUAUAAGUGCAAACUAAUUAAUCAGAUAUGAGAUCACCAAGUGCUUAAUCAACAUAAUCUCCAAUUAAUAGUAAUAAUUUUAAUAUAUACUUAAGAGAGCAUUCUAAUUACUCAUCGAUCUCAAUCAAUGUUUUAAGAUGCUUAAUAUAUAGAUUAUAUUAUCACUAAUAAAGAAGUGAAUUUAUUUCUUAAAAAACACUUCCUACAUGAACAUAUGCAUACUAAUAGUUCAAGAAAUACAAAUACUAAAUUAAUUUGUGAUUCUUGGGAUAAAGUCCCUGUAACUUAUUUUAUUAAAGCAUUAUUUGAUGAGUAUCCUGAAAUAAUUGAGGAUCAUCAUUUAAAUGAAAAGUUGAAUAUCAAAUUGAAAACCCUAAUAAAAGACUUGAUUUCUGAAGAUGGAUAACUUUUAUCAUUGAAUAAACUAUAAAUUCAUACACGUCAUUUAGGAUUGUUAGGAUUGUUGCUGACUGCUCUCAGAGACAUUUAAGAUGCACCUACUGUAAAUCAUAAUACUCCUCAUAAUUAAUCUAUCUCACAUGAAUAGGAUAUCUCAAAUACUUAAUAAUAAUAAUCUAAAUUUCAUAAAAUGGCUUCAGAGAUAACAUAAUCAGCUGAAAAUAGAAUAAAUGAAUUGGUAAAUUUAAAAUUACAAUAAUUCACAAUCAAAUAAAAAGAAUUGGAAAAAUAGAUCUAAUAAUUAAAAUAAAAAGCAACUGAAAAUUUUGAUUUAUUCUAACAUGAGGCCAAAAAUAAAUAAGUGAUUACUAAUUUAACUUAAUAAUUAUAAUAGAAAGAUUAAAUUAUAGCAGAUCUAGAAUAAAAAUUAAUUAAGAAAUGGAUGAAUUCAUCAAUAGAAGAAGAAACUCAUACAAAUAAAAUUGCAUAACCAAAAGCAUCACCAAUCAAAAUUUAAAGUCCAAGCUAAUCUCCUUUUAAUGAUAGCAACCAAUAUUUAUAAAGAAUGAUUAGUAACUUAUGCACUGUCUGGGAUCUAGGUUGUGUUAAUGAAGAUUAUAGAUUUGCUUAAAUUCUAACAGCACAAGAAAAUAAUUAAAUGCCUUACUAACAUUUUUAACUAAUUCCAAUAAUAAAGACAAUUCCUGGCUUUAAUGAUUUCAUUUUUAAAUCAUAAAAUAACAAUCACAUCAUUACUAAUUUUAUUUAGAAUUGCAUGAAUAAUGAUAAUAAUAUUAUCUUAGAUUUAUAUUAUGAAAUUAUUACUUUACUUCCAAAUUUUAAAAUUAGUGAUCAGGAUUAAUAUUUAAUUAAUGUAAUGUAAUUAUUUCUAAAACUAACUGUUUCAAUUUUAUAGAUCAAAAAUGUAUUCAAUAUCAAUAAAUUAAAAGAAUGGGGAUCUAUUAAGAGACAACUUACUGAAUAAUAAAAUUAAUUUGUUAAGAAUUUAAUUAAUUAGAUAGUUUAAAUUAAUUAAUAUAGUAUUAAAUAAAUACCUCAAUCAAAAUUAUGGAAUCAGUAAUAGAUUUAUCAUGAUUAAUAUGUUUCAGAAUAUAAUAAUAGAUUGAUUGAGAAUCAAGUAAUCAAUAAUAUAUUAAAAAAACAAUUAAAUUAGAUACAUAAUAAGUAGAAUACAAAGUUAUCUCUUAUUAUUAGGAUUAUUUAAUGCUUUUAUUAUAAUGAUGUUGAAGAAUUAAUUGGUUUAAUGUAAUCAAUUUAAGGUGAAACAGAUAUAGAUAUCUAUUUAUCAAAACUAAUACUAGAUUGUGAUUGUAUCAACCUAAUAUUGUUCCCUAGUUUGUUUAAUCCUAAAUAUGUACUUAAAUCAAUUACAAACUUACUUUAAUUUAAAUGUCCUGGUUAAUUCUAUUUAUUAUAUACUAAGUAAGUAUGCUAAAUUAGAAAUAUUGAUUUAUUGAUCGAAUUAUUAACUAAAAUGCAUAAUACUAUGAAUUCAGAUGUUGUUAUUAAAUUAUGGGAUGUGCUUGGUGCUAUUGCAAAAAGUGCUGCCUUAAAAGAAUGUAAAGAAGGUCUUCAAUUUAUAAUAAGAUUAUAUUCGAAUUCUCAUCAAGCAACAAUAUUACAUAAUAUAUAAUAAGUAUAAAAAAAUUUAGCUAUCCCAAUCUGA